GCAAACCCAGACCUUCACCACCUACUCUGACAACCAGCCGGGCGUCCUCAUCCAGGUGUACGAGGGAGAGAGGGCCAUGACGAAGGACAACAACCUUCUGGGCAAGUUUGAGCUGUCGGGCAUCCCCCCCGCCCCGCGAGGAGUGCCACAGAUUGAGGUGACCUUUGACAUCGACGCCAACGGCAUCCUGAACGUGUCUGCGGUGGACAAGAGCACCGGCAAAGAGAACAAGAUCACCAUCACCAACGACAAGGGCCGGCUGAGCAAAGAGGAGAUCGAGAGGAUGGUGCAGGACGCAGACAAGUACAGAGCCCAGGACGAGGCCCAGAGGGAGAAGAUAGCGGCCAAGAAUUCCCUGGAGUCCUUCGCCUUCAACAUGAAGAGCAGCGUGGAGGAGGAGAACAUGAAAGCCAAGAUCAGCGAGGAUGACAAGAAGCAGAUCAUUGACAAGUGCAACCAGGCCAUCUCCUGGCUGGACAAAAAUCAGAUGGCAGACAAGGAGGAGUAUGAGCACCAGCUGAAAGAGCUGGAGAAAGUGUGUAACCCCAUCAUCAGCAAGCUGUACCAGGGAGGGGCGCCAGGAGGGAUGCCAGGAGGAAGCUGUGGGUCCCAGGCACGGGCAGGCUCAGGGUCUGCCUCCCAGGGGCCCACCAUUGAGGAGGUGGAUUAAGAGGACAGGGAUCAGGGACUGGGCACAGUGGAGAGCUGAUUGUUGGGCAUGAAAUAAAAUAACUAUUGUUUCAAUGUAAAAA